AUGAAUACUCGAAAUGCGCCGCUUUCUCCUGUCUCAGUAGGUGGUAGCGAAUAUUCCGUCGGCAAAUAUCAGAGCCUCGACAACGGCGAUCCCUACAACCCGAACAACCGCGGCCUCAUCUCCCCACCCGACUCGGGCGGAGCCAACGGGAAUAUGAAUGGCUUUCCCGGCCCAAGGAGCGUCGGCGGGCCCUCUCCGCCCCCGUCCGUCGCCCGCUCCAGCACUGCCUCGGGCAUGUAUGCCAGGAGCGAAAGCGGGCGUAGCAUGCGAGACGAGAACAACGAAGUCAUCCUCGGCGUCCACUACAUAGCUCUUAAGAAGUUCCUGCAGUCCACCUCCAAGGACGGCCGAGCGAAUCCCCCGCCAAACCGAGCGCGCGACAAGCUUCUGCGUCUGUCUGCCGUGCAAUUUCUCGAACUAUCCACCGACGUCUACGAUGAACUGCUCCGGCGGGAGAAGCUGAGCCGGCCUGGCCCCGGCCCCAAGCCACCGCCUUUCCUACAGCCCGAGGACAACUUCCACCCAAAGCGGAAUCAGGCAAGGCAGAAGCUCUCGACCUUGGGGCCUCCCAGGUUCAGGGACCUGGCAACAGAUGUCUUUUGUGAGUUGGAACGACGCUUCGAGGGCUUCGCAAAAGGUGAUAUCCCGCGGAUGGGCAGUCCUGGAUCUGCGAGAGCCCCAAGCAGAGCAGGCACCCCCGUAAACGGCAUGAACGGGUUGCCUCCCAGAGGGAUGCGACGACCGUCCAACGCCAGCUCCAUUCGAUCAGACGCUCCUCGCUUCAGCGACUACCCAAUCCCCCCGUCUCCUGGAAUGCCGCCCAAUGGCUUUGACCGGCCCCAGCAGAAGCAAUUCCAGAGCAACACUAUUGUACCCAAUAAAAGCACCAUGGUCGAGGAGGACGAUGAUGGCAACGACUCGGAUGCCAUGAACCGGGUAAGCAAGAGAAGUGCAGAUACGGGUGUGAGCGGGGCUCUAUCAGAGCCGGACAAGAGGCAACUGGACGAAUCUCAAGCUCAGGUACGCGAUCUGCAGUCGCGGCUCGAGAGCAUCGAGGACCAGAUGAGGAAGAAAGACGACGAGUUGAAUCGUGUACUGGACGAGGAGCGAUCUCGAUCUUCUGCAGACAACGCCGAGAGGAAGCAAUGGGAUGAUUUACGAGCCGACAUGGAGAGUCAGUUGUCUGAAGCGAGAGGCUUGAACGACAAUCUCCGUGAUGAGCUUGACCGGAUGCGAGACGAGCACGAGGCCGAGGAGCGCCAGCUGCGGCAGCAAAUAGAAGAGGCACAACAGGCCAGCAGGGACCUGGGCAACGCAAGCCGAAAUCAAGCAGCAGAUCCGGAACUGCGGCGAGAAAACGAGGACCUUCGGAUGGCCCUGGAGGAACAGCAGCGAGUUACCGACGAGGUACGACAAGAGGCCCAACAAUUUCUGCAGGAGAUGAAGGUGCUCUCGCAACAGCACAGCCCUGCCUGGGAAAAGCAAGCCGAGCUGCAAAAGACCGUUGAUUCGCUCGAACAGGAGGUUCGAGACUGGAGAAACCGUUAUGCUCGAACCAAGACGCAGUUGCGCAACCUCCGAGCUUCUUCACUUGGCCUCACUAUUGACCAAGAUGCCGCCAAAUACGUUCGCGAGAAGGGCUUUACGGAGGAGAACGGUCUCGUGAAGGACGUCCACGUCACCAAGUUUCAGAUCGCUAUUGACGAGCUUUUGAAGAAGGCGCGAACCGAAGAUCCAGAGAAGGUGAUUGACUCUAUGAAAGCAGUCGUGGUCGCUGUUCGCCGCAUCAGUAAGGAUAUCGACGAAUCGGCGCCCCGGGAUGAGGACACUGUUCAGCAGCAGCAGAAGAUGAAGAGCCGAGUUUCGGCUACGGCCAACAAUCUUAUCACGGCCUCGAAGAACUUCGCCUCGGCCGCUGGCAUUUCGCCCGUUUCUCUGCUCGAUGCCGCAGCUUCUCACCUUGUCGCCGCGCUCGUUGAGCUGCUAAGAACCGUCAAAAUACGUGCCACGCCUGCUGGCGAGUUGGAAGACGACGACGAUGGCACAAUAACACCUGUCGACUCGACAGGGUUCUUCUCCAACCGCACUAGCAAGCAAGACGCCUACCCGCCGCCCCUUUCGCAGGACAACCAGUCUCCCCUCGUUCCUCCUCCCCGAUUCAACGGCCUUGGCUCCCGCGACAGUACGCAGUCAUCAGCUUAUAGCCCGGUCAACUCUCCUCGAGAGUCAGUGGACCAGUACAGCAGCAGGAGAUCAAUGCCGCGCAAUAUGCCGACCAAUGGGGUCUACACAGACAAAAGCCUCCCCCCUGCCCCCAACGGAUACGGUGCCCAGCGCCCUGACAUCACCAUGGAGGACCUCAAGAUCUACAUGGACAACCAGUCUGACCAGCUCGUCGAAACCAUCCAGGGCUUAGUUGCCUCGAUACGUGGAGAUGCCCCUAUCACACAGAUUAACGAAGAGAUCACUCAAAUCGCAGAGAUUGUGGGAAAGAUAGUCCUCGAGACCGAAGGCACUUCUAGUGGCGGAGAUAUGGUUGGCCGUCUCAAUUCUUGCCAACAACGCCUGCUGGAAGCUGGCGCACAUGGUCAAGAUCUGGCAUCGCGCGGCCUUGGUGCUGGCGACCGAGAGUGGCGGAUGUGGACGCAGACACUGCCUCCCAUCGCUUUCGAAAUCGCCCGUGAGACCAAGGACCUGGUUGAACGCAUCGGGCGCAUGGUUAUGAAUGACGGAGAUGACUUCUCCUAA